AUGUCCGGGAGCCUCAAUGACUGCUUGGAACAAUUGAAAGAGUCCAGUAAUUCUAUAUCCACCUUAUAUUUUAAGCCGCCUGGCAUUUUCCAUAACGCUAUCGUCCCAGACCCAUCAGUCUCUUAUGCAGAUAUAAUAACAAACAUUAUUCGCGAUGGGGAUGUUCAAGAGGAAGUUCCGCUUUACAAGAUUGAUCAGAACAAGCUGCCAAGACGUAAAGAUGACAAAGUCGGUGUUUUCGACUUUUUGACGGAGUACGAGGCGAACUCGAAGCGCAAUAGGCGUAUGGGGAGUGUGGAAGAGUCCCCGAUAAUCCAUGUUCCCAAAAGCUUCUAUUUGAGACAGCACGAGCAAGACGCUAUUCGGAGCGAGCAGCACCGCGGAUUUUUGCUCGAGGAGCUCAAAACAGAGGGGAUUUUUAAGGCGUUACUCAAGAAAUUUGAGGGCGAUGAGCAGGUACGGAAUCUGUUACAUGCCCUGCAAAACGGCACGGUUAUAACUGAAGACAGUGACUCUCCAAACAAAAGCCGCCGCAAGACUCUUUUCGUGGAGGACUUCCCCGUUGAGCUGAUUUUCAAGGUACACGGCGAAAUCGUGACAAACUGGCCGAGUUCCGAAUAUCAGAAAAACUACUCAGAACUGUUGCAACGCUACAAAGAGAUUGAUUCCGAUAUCAGGCAGCUUCGCGUCGAGAUCGCAGACCAAGAGGCCCAAUUGCAAGGCAUGAAAAUGAGCUCUGGGGUGGCGAAACUGAUUAAUAAAGAGCAAGAGGAGAUUCUAGAGCUCAGCAGAAAGCUGGAACGACUCCAGCAAACCUAG